GCGUCGUCAAUCUCUUUGUGGUGCUCCGCUCCCCUUUCUAGAUUCGCGUUACCAGCCUAACUCUCUUUCUCUCUCUCUCUCCCGAUUCUACCCUCGAGCAUGGCCACGCCAGCCUCGUCCAGGAUCCGGACGCUGUGAUGCUCUCCUGCUCGCCCUUAAUGGACUGAGCUUCAAUUCGCGGGGUGGUCGACGUGUUUUGGUGCAGGACCAGUUUUUGCCAUCAAUUCUGCGUGUUGGGGCACCCGCGCCAACGGCCAUGGCGCAGUCGUUGUUCUUAGUGUCCAGCGCAGCGGCUUCGUGUCGCGGCGCUGCGCAUCUUGUGUAUACGCCCCUGCUGCAGAAAGGGAAUGCUUCCACUGCAAAUGCAUCAGUGCUUUUGCGCUCUAAGUUUAUUCUGGGUAGAAAGCCAUUGUUCAAAUUUGACAGCGUUUCACUACCGAGGGGCGGCAGCGGCAGGAGGUCUAGAUUGUUAGCCAUUGCUGAGAUAGAUUAUGCAGUCAUUGGAGCGGAGCAGCAGCUCAUUGACUCUGCCACGAUCAGUACUUCUCCAGUUGGUUCAGAAAUUGAGCCCAAUGAUGCAGCAUCAAUCAUGAGACAAAAUGUGACAGAAAUUCUUCAGUCUCCUCCCCAGAACUUGGACUCUUCUUCUCCGUCUCCUGCAGCUGUUGAUGCACAAACCUCCCUGGGUGUAUUUCAGGGAACAGGCACAGAGCUGAAUGUUCCCGAACCAAUAGUGUCAUCUGUCGACGCAACCGCUCCACAGACUCUUCCUGCAGAGUCUGCUCCAGCCAGUAUUGUAGAGUCCGCAGGAACGGAUGUACCUGAUGUUAUAAAAGCUGCUGGUGAAUCUGUCGAUAAUCCUGGGGAACUAACACCUCUCCAGCGCUAUGAAGCUAUGAUCAAUCGUGGAAAUGGUGGUGGAGGCGCGAGAAAACCUAUAGCUGUGGAGGACGAUGCUAACUCAUUUAGUUUUCCUGACUCCAUUGAGGCUGCUCAGGAAUCAGUAGCGAAGACUCUCACAGAUGUUCAGGAUGCUAUAAACGACUCGGUUGGAUCUGCUGGUAAAGCCAUAAGGGAUGCAUAUGAGAGUCUCAAUGGGUCUAUCAAGGGUUCAGUUAAUUCAGUGACCGGCUUAUACGAUAGAACUGUAGACGGCAUCCAAACUUCAGUUGACAGCACCGUGAAAAAAGCUGGAGGAGAAGCUGCAGGGUUAACAAGUGUGUUCCGCACAGGCACGCCUCUCAAUAAUCAACUUAAAGAAGUAGUAGUGGUUGUGAAGGGCGCAUUAGGGACGACAUUAGAGACGACUCGAGAUUUUCUGAUUAAUGUUUAUGGCUCAAUUAAGGUUAAUAACCUUUCCCCAGAGGUUCAAUCAACCUUGAGUGAAACAGAGCAGAAACUCAAAGAAAUCGCCGAUCCUGUGGGUAGUUUCCUCCAACAGGCAUACGAUGCUCUCGAGAACGUGGAGAGAGCACUAGGAGUGGAUCCAGAGAAUCCAAUUAUUCCUGUUAUUCUGAUUUUGGGUGGUACACUCUACCUUGGAGUAUCUUUUUGGCAGGGCAGAUAUGGAGGAUACUCUGGUGACCUUUUGCCCGUCUCUGCUAUCGACCUCUUGAAGAAAGAGCGAAAUGUUGUCUUAGUUGACAUACGGCCCCAGGAGUUAAGAGAGAGUGAAGGUAUUCCUGAUUUACGGCGAGGAAUGAGAACAAGAUUUGCCACUGUUGAAGCCAUUCAGGUGGACGGCCCCUUUAGGAAAAGUGUGAGAAAUUCCAAGGAAAUUGACAAUAUCUUGACAGCAGCUGUGAUCCGGAAUCUCAAAACUGUGCAGCCCAGUACCAAGGUGAUCGUGAUGGACACCGAUGGGAGUCAAUCGAAGGAGAUUGCUAGAGCUUUACGCAGAUUUGGAGUGAGGAGGCGAUACCGAGUGGAAGGGGGAUACAAGGCCUGGUCAGCCGCCGGCUUGCGGACAAAGCUGGAGGGCACAGAUACUCCCAUAUCUAUACUUAAGGAGGACGCCGAGGAGAUCGUGGAGGAAGUAAAGCCUACACCUGAUGGGAUCGUACUUGUUGCAUUGGGUACAGUGGCGGGCAUAUAUGCAGUGCUUGAAUGGGAGAAAGCUCUGCAGCUUUUGGGAGUAAUCGGUAUUGGUCAGGCAAUCUACACAAGGGCUAACUCUUACGAGAGUUUGGAGGAUGCGAAAGCUGACCUCAGAUUGCUUCAAAAGCCUUUCAAGUCUAUCGGAGAUAGAAUCUUAUGGCUGGUGGGCCAAGUGCAACCCGCAACUUUGCAGCUCGCCACUGCUCCUUCAACACUCGCUGUCCAAGAUCGUGUCCUUCAAGCAGCUGCCAAACACGGGCCCCUUGCAUCAGAGCUGUCUGAACAGGACGAGUCUGGGUCCGAAGUCGACGUUGAAACAUCACCAGAGACGCCGGCACCUCUAUCAGCAGAGGAGACUGGUGCAGGGGAGUCGCUGCCUCCUGCAGGGGAGUCGUCGCCUCCUGCAGGGGAGUCGUCGCCUCCUGCAGAAAAGUCGUCGCCUCCUGCAGCAUCUGAGUGAGUUGUGCUGCAGCAUAUACAAUCACUCUAGUUGUCAUUACAAGUACAUUAUUAUGUGGAAAAUGAGGGUUUAUCAGUAUUCCAGACGUCUGACUGCAGAGCUCAAAUCCUAACUCGAUUCAUUUUAGAGAGCUGAGUACAACAAUCAUUAUCCUCUUGUCAUAUUAUGACGAGCUUAGAAACAGGUGCCGGUGAAAAGGUGUAGAUGUCUGGGUUGCCACGGUAGAGUUUAGAAAAGUGGAUUUUACCGUUAUUCACAAUGUAACUUCACCUUGUAGUUUGAAGUAAGAACUCGGAGAGUGUUGACCAAGAGUUUGAAUUCCAUUGUAUUGGAUAAUACACCAAUUUACAGUUGAUAUUGAAGUUUGGAAACUGGCCUCAUUGUAGGGAAA